AUGGAGAAAGAGAGUGUUUGUAAAGCUCAUGUUAUUGUGGUACCGUAUCAUGGACAGGGCCACAUUAAUCCAAUGGUGCAGUUUGCUAAAAGAUUGGCCUCUAAAGGAAUCAAAAUCACCAUAGCUACCACAGCAUCAACUGCCAAGACUAUGGAACGAACCUCUGAUCUAUUCUCAGUCGUGUCAAUGUAUGAUGACAUUACUGACGGUGGGGUGGCAGGACCUGGAGGAUUUAAAGGCUUUCUUGACAGGUUUGAAGCCAGUGGCUUGAAAAAGUUGACUGAAAUUGUUGUGAAACAUGAAAAUACUGAUCACCCCAUCAAGUGUCUCGUGCAUGAUGCUGAUAUGAUGUGGGCUUCAAGUGUUGCGACCGAGCUAGGCAUUGCAAGGGCUGCCUUCUUUACUCAAUCAUGUGCAGCCAUUGGGAAGCGAAUCAGCCAGCGGAUUUCCUAUCCAAUUUUGGAAGAUUUCGCUCCCCACUUGCCAUCACUUGGUUCUGAUACAGGACAUUAUCCUCCAUUGAUUAUGCACAUAUUACGCCAAUUUGAUAAUCUUGAUAAGGCAGAUUGGGUCCUCUUUUACUCCUUUAAUGCGUUGGAAGAAGAGGUUGUCAGAUGGCUGUCAAAAUUCUGGCGCGCGAGAACCAUUGGCCUAAUAGUGCCAUCUGUUUAUCUUGAUAAACGAGUGGAAAGUGCCCGUGAUUAUGUGUUUAAUAUUCAUAAGCCAAGCACCGGCACCUGUCUGGACUGGCUCAACAAACAGAAGAAUGGUUCGAUUGUGUAUGUGUCGUACGGCAGUGUAACGAGCUUAAGUGUAGAACAGAUUGCAGAGAUAGCUGAGGCCCUUGAGCAUGGCAACAAUAACUUUCUCUGGGUGGUAAACUCCCAAGCAAUUUCAAAGAGGAAACAUCAGAUAAGGGAAUUGUAG